AUGGCCAUGAUGAAAUGCUCAAAUGGAAGUGAAAUAGAUAAAACAGACUUCAAGAAAUCUCUUGACAAGUUUGCAAAAACAAAGUGGCUUCGCAGUGGCUGCAUUCCAGACAAGGAUGAAAAACUGCGACUUCCAUUAGUGCACUGGGCAUGUAUGCUUGGAAAAUACAAGGCUUUAGAGUAUCUUGUUAGUGAAAAAGGUUUUGAACUUACCAUAAAAGUGGGCAAGAAUCAACAUGGACCACUGCAUUCCAUGGUGCAACAUCUCCACAGCUGCCUUAAUCCAAAGAGCUCCAAAGAAUAUGUUAGCAACAUGUUUGGGAACAUUGUAGAUGUUUUUCUCAAAUAUACUAUUGAUGUCUUGUGUGAAAAGGAUCCCAGUACUGGUGAUACAAUACUGCAUUUCUUAGCGAAACGGUGCUGCUCAGACAUUUUUUCUAGGAUGUACCUGAAGACUCUAUUGGUUAAGAUUAAAGAAAAUGCCAAAGUUUCUCAAGAGAAGCUUUAUGAGAUUUUGUCUGCUGUAAACAAAUGUGGUGAUACCUUCCUUCAUGUCAUUGUGCCAGAUGAGGAGUCUGUUCCUACGUUAAAUUACUUCUUUGGCAACUUUGGUUUGAACAGUGAGAAAAUAUCCAAAGCCAAGAACAAUUUUGGGAAAACACCACGUCAGAUUGCUGUUGAAAAGAGGUCGUUUCAAAUGCUGAAAGCCUUGGGUGCCCCUGAUGUUGUCAUUAGCAGUCUCCAAAAGGCUGUGGCCGGGGGAAAGUCAAAUACUAGUACUCCUAAGAGGGUGAGGUUUAUUGAUGAGAAAGAUGCAAAGAAAAGUCCUUCGAAAAGUUCUCCAGCAACAGAGUCAUCAUCAGAGGACAAUGCUAAGUUGGAAGACAAGGAAGCUCGUAAUCAUUCUUCAACAAUUGUCGAUCUUACCACGUUAGAAAAAUCAACAGUAGAUGCCUCAUCUGGGGAGCAGCAGGGUGGGGAGAAUGUACAUAUAAGCAGUGAUCAGCUACAGACAGAAGUACUAAAGUUAUGUUCAUGUGAUUCCCCAAACGACGAAAAAGACAAAGCAACUGAUUCAUCUGCACCUACCAAAAGAAAGAUAGAACCAUUCCCCCAGCGCAACCCAGGAAAUGAAAAAGGAAAUAAAACAUCUCCAGGAAAGUCUGUUGGUGCAGUGGAAAAGGCUGGUGAGGUGGCUGAAGUAAUUGAUAUACCUGAGGAUAUGCCAGAAGCGCCUACAAACUCAUCUGACAGAAAUGUCUUCCUGAGUCUGUCGAAUACUGUUAACAGUUUGAAAAAAGGAGAUUCCUCGUCAUCUGGCAGGAAGAGACCAGCUCUUACAACACUGAAAUCCAAAGCACCCAGAAGGAAGAGAGGGCGUGGCUCAUGGUCAGAUUCGGAGAGUGAUGUGGAGGAUGAGGAGGAUUUCAAUCUGGAUGAUGAUUCAGAUGAUGAUGUUGAAUCAGAGGAGGAGGAUUUAGAAGAAGAAGAAAUGGACGAAGAGGAAGUUGACAAUGAAGAAGCAGAAAGUGUCUCUAGUGCUGGCAAGAAAGCAGCUGAAAUAAGAAAUGAGGAUGACAUUGAGUUAGAAAAAGGUACGUAAAGUUUUGACUGAGUAUAACUGCUUAUUUAUUUUGAGGACAAAAAUAAUUUUAUUAUAGAGGAGGAGUGUGCAGGCAUGUGUGGCCAAGUGGUUAACUCCUCGAACUCUGGAUCUGGAGGUCAGAACCCCUCGCCCAUCGCGUUGUUUCCUUAGACAAGGAACAUUACUCCACUUUGUUUCUUUUCACCCAGGUGUAUAAAUGGGUACCAGCGACAUACUGCUGGGGGGGUAACCCUGUGAUGGACUAGCAUCCCAUCUAGGGGGGAGUAGCAAUACUCCUAGGCUUGCAUCACACUAUGGAAACUGGUGUAAGCUCCGGCCGUGUGGGCCUUUGGCUUGUGUGCACCUUUGCCUACCCUUUCAAAGAGUGGGAGUCAAUUCAAUUAAGUGAAAUACAAAUUAAUGCAAUGAAAUUUUAAACAUGUUUUAUUACAUAGGGAUAAAAAAAUUUCCACCCAAAAGCUCCAAUAUGCCUAGCCUCCCAUGUUCUUAGGGGCUUUGUUGCAUGUUCCUUGACAAAGCCCUAAGAACAUGUGUUGUGCGCUAAUGUAUACCUGAUGAAAAUUACUUUUAGUAUUUGCUGCAAGGAUACCAAACACCAUAAAAUUGUGGAAAAUAUGACUUUAGCUCAUACAAUUUGUAAGAAAUUUUUGGUGAGCUUGUAGAUGGGGAUGGGUUUGUAUCUGUUGUAGUUAAUUAUUUUUUUAUAUCAGGGAAUUUUUAUUUUUCUUCUGUUUCAACUUUAUUAGCAUACAUUACCAUACCCAAAAACAAAAGAAAAAUAAAAAUUACUUGAGAUAAAUUAACUACAACAUAUCCAAGGGGGGUUAAAAGAAGCCUGCGAGUAGGCCCUCAGGUUGCAGUUUCAUGCUGGAUCUCUUGUUUCUUGUGCGAGAUGUUAAAACCAAGAGGGAGUCACCCACUUGCUUGCUUAAAAUUCUGCUUUGGAACAUUUGAACUUUUUGUUGCAAAAUGAAAUUACUAUUGCUGGAAAUUGUGCGAAUAUAAUAAGCGCCCAGCCUUGAAUAAAUACCCACCUCGAAUAACCGCCCACUCUUUCAAGAGUUUUUGGAGCUUAUCGAAUGAAUACGGAACUCACGAACUAUCAAAGUUAUAGCAGCGCCAUUUAAUUGAUAAAAUUUUGUCACUUGCGCUUAGGCGAUUCACUUGACAAAAUAUCACAUGUCAAAAUUGAUCAUUUAAGAAACCGUUCGGGAUAGCGCCAAACGCUCGUGCGUAUGGAACGGGUUUUAUGCAGUCUUGAGAGAAAACGUCUCGAGUAAUGCUGACAUGUUCGGUAGAGUCAGCUAACAAUGGUAAUUUUACCCAAAUUGCAGAAGUUUGUCACCGUGUUUCACCACCUUGGCAUGAAACAUGAUUCUUGCUUUGUCUCUUUUAAAAACGUACACUAAUUUCCUUUCUUUUGAAGAAAUUCAUUAGGCUAGUAAGUUCAAAUAUCUAAUGAAAUGUUCUUAAGAUAUUCUGGGAAGCAAGCGAAAUAGUUGAGCAGGAAAGCGACAAGUUCAAAAGAUGGAUCAAGGAAAGUAUACAUAUUAGAACGAACACUCCUACCAUGAACAGGGAUGAGGAAGCAUACUUGCUACUGAUCUCCUAUAUUUCCACGCCCAACCAUGCGCGCGGGGGGGAGGAGGGGCGGGGAGUCUCGACAGAGUGACUUUGCGCGUCUUGUCGUAAUUAACACCUUCAGAAGCCUAUUCAGGGCUACUGAAACCCGUGACGUUUUUUAGUUUGAUAAAGAUGACUGUCAGUCAUCGAAACUGUCAGCAUGAUUGGGAAUUUUUUUCGGGCUAUGCUUUAAGAACAUUUGAAUAUUUAGUUUCCUUUCUGCUUCUUUUGCAGCGCCAAAACACACCCCUUUUUGCAGCCAGGAUUGUUCGUCGCAACAUCACAAGCUUCUGCUGAGCCUAUUGAAGUGUUCAAACUAUAACUACGGCAUGGAGCAUAAUAACACUUUCAUGAAACAAGUCAAUGAUUACCUCAAUCAACAUGGAAAGUUUUCUGAUGUGCGAGCUAACGCGGAUCUGCCUGAUCCUUUGCCCUCUUUUCAGUACCCCUUGGUCCACUGGGUGUGUGUCCUAGGAAAGUAUAAAGUCUUGGAGAGGUUAACAGAAUUAAAGGAAUUCAAUUUUGCUGUACAGUCUGAGCGGACUGGGGAAACUGGUUUGCACCGCAUGCUUCUUUCGCUUGACCGAGCCAUGGUCGCCUUGAAAAAGAGUUCUGUUAAGACAAUCCUGGAUGUGUUUUCAAAGACACUGCGAACCCUGACCGAUAACGCGCCUAUUGUCCUCACGUUGAGUAACAAGGAAGGUGACACGCCCUUCCAUUGUAUGGCUAAGGUGAUUCUUGACUGUACAGGCGAGCUGGAAAGAAUGAACACCUAUGAAGGGUACUUUGAGCAUUUGAUGAAAGAGUUGGCUCGUCUACGGGUCUCUGGGAAGGUCACCUCAGAUGCAGCGAGGGAGCUGCUCCUUAAGACCAACAACAGCCAGGAAACAUUUCUUCACAUCCUUGCAUGCAGGCAUGGCGUUGGACAGCGUGUAAUAAAAAGGGUCCUGAAAAACAUCGAACCCGAAAUAAUGGAUCUCUUGAAAGAAAUCAAGGACGCCAACGACAAGACUGCGUCAGAUCUAGCAGAGGAUUUGUGUUCCUAUGAAAUGGCGGCUAUUCUUCGGCCACGUGAUCAGGAAGCUGGUCCUCCUGAUUGGGUGGAUGAUGUUGCAGAGGAUCUUCCUCAGAUCCCUGACAGAGGCACCCCACGCGAGACCCCUGAGACCCCACCACCUACCUUGUUCCCCUCGAGCCCCGUUUUUCCAGACGCUGAUGCGGCACGCGCGCGCUUGUUUGCUGUUAAGAAGGAGCCUGGCGUAGAUGACACCGAGUUUGAUGAAACUACGUCAGAGGACCCAGCCGAAGUAAAUUCGUCGUCCAGUUCAUUGCAAAUAGCAGAGGAUGCUGUUAAAAUGGAGCCCAACGUAGACGAUUCUGAGGACCCACCUGAGAUUAAUUCAUCGCCUAGUACUUCACAAACAACAGAAGAUGUUCAAUUACCUGCUGUCAGUACUUCGCCUAAUCAUGCUAGCUCUUCUCCAACUCGGCCAACUAAAGAAGACGUGAACGCGAUAGCUUCCGCCAGUGGCUCUUCUGAAAGCAGCGUAGCUGCUGCGACGGUGAAUCACAACAUGUCAUCGAACAUGUCGGCUCUUCCAGCUGUUCCAGGCACUAGCAGGAAGUCUGCUGGCACACCGACCACUUCACAAAGUCCCAAUGGGUCUGCUAGUCAUUCCUCAUCUGUUUUAGCAGAUCACAGCAAGAACAGCAGCAAGGGGCCGUCAAUUAUAUCUAAAAUCUGUAAAUUCAAGAAUUUGCCUCAGACCGACAAACUCCUGAACACAUUGCACGCAAAGUUUCAAGAGCAAUUGGCUCAGUCAGAGAAGGGCUUGGGAGAGAAAGAGGACGCUCUCGUUCGUGUUCUUCACCGGAUGACCGAAGCACAGGAGCGAAGACAAAGGCUUCAACAAGAACUGGACGAAAAUUUAAACGAAAUGUUAGCGAUCAAACAAGAGGAAGGUCUGUUACGGUCUGAAAUUGCGGUACAGAAACGUGACUGUGAAAAGUUCAAAGCAGAACUGGAAAAGUACGCAGGGAUUAGGGAACAAGAGAAAUAG